AAUUUGUCAACUGAAAACAAACUGUUAACGGCCAUGUCAAUGUAACGGACAGUUAAAUUUGAAGAAAGUAAAAAAAAAAAUUAUUGAUUUCAUUGCAACAACCGAGCACGAUGCUUUGUGUCUUCUGCAUGACCAUGUAAAUCUACAGUACAGCAGACGGAGCAGCAUUAGUACGAGAUCCGGGAGCGCAGCAUUCAGCGAUGGCCUCCGCAAAUGACUCCCGGCAGCAGCAGCAGCAGCAGGCCCAGAAGGACGCGGCGGACCAGAACUUCGACUACAUGUUCAAGCUGCUGAUCAUCGGGAACAGCAGCGUGGGCAAGACCAGCUUCCUGUUCCGCUACGCCGACGACUCCUUCACCUCCGCCUUCGUCAGCACCGUGGGCAUCGACUUCAAGGUCAAGACCGUCUACCGCAACGACAAGCGGGUCAAGCUGCAGAUCUGGGACACAGCUGGGCAGGAGCGCUACAGGACCAUCACCACAGCCUACUACAGAGGAGCCAUGGGCUUCCUGCUCAUGUAUGACAUCACCAACCAGGACUCAUUCAAUGCUGUGCAGGACUGGGCGACACAGAUAAAGACGUACUCCUGGGACAACGCGCAGGUGAUCCUGGUGGCGAAUAAGUGUGAUCUGGAGGAUGACCGGCUCGUCCCCACUGAAGAGGGCCAGCGGCUGGCAGAUGAGUUAGGUUUCCAGUUCUUUGAGGCCAGUGCCAAAGACAACAUUAAUGUGAAGCAAGUGUUUGAGCGUCUGGUAGACGUCAUCUGCGAGAAGAUGAACGAGAGUAUGGAUGGGGAGCCCAGCCCCCUAGCCAAUCACCGGGCUCCUACCCUGCAAGACACGCCCCCUGAGAGCCAGGGUGGCUGCUCCUGCUAACCUAAGCUCCGCCCCACUGAAUGCGACAUGAAAUAACCCCAGAACACAGUAACCUGCGAUGACACACUAACCCAACGCCCUCAUUUGGCCCCCCCUGACAGUCCCCCCCCCACCAUCCCCCACCCCCUGGAUGUACUCCCUCUGAUGCCAAAACAUUGAGUGACUCUUCCCCCCCCAAGCCUCUUCAUCCGCUUCAUACAGCUCCUCGAAUAACCGUGUUGUUGCCUGAAACUCGAGUGAAAUGCACUCCGCUAUCUUGCCUGUAAUGCUUUCUAAAAUGUACCACAAUUUCCCUUCCAAGUCCCCCUGCCCCCCAUAUACAAGUUCAUCAGCUUUGAGAGUCUGCCCACCCCCCCCCACCCCCAUUUUUAUUUAACACCAUGCCACCUGUUUGAAAUAACUGAAGGGGGAAACGGCAAACACUGUGAAUGCUCCCCACCCAUCUGGGUUUCCACUACCCCUGGAGCCGUGUUAUUCUGCCUCUGUCACCAUGACCACAGGCUGCUUAGUGUCCGCAAAGCAAGUAGCAAAACCAGAAGACUUAGUCGUAAACACUGUUUCAGCACUCUUGCACUACUAUCGUGUUUUUCUUUUCAAGAGAUAAUAAUAUACCCAACACCCGCCGCACGUCCUUCUCUCCGCGUUUAAACCGUCUCACAAGUGCACGAGAGCGGUCCGCCCGAGCUCGCUCUGACCCUCACUGUGCGUUUAAGUGCCUGUGGGAGGCUCCCUUAAAAACCCGUUUCUCUGAGAGAACGACUCUCCGUGUUUGUGGGUGUGAAUUUACGUUGACCGACCGCCUCGCGAGACAGAAUGUCGUGCCGUUUCCCGAAAAAACUGCACGGGUGCAGGUACCAGAAGAAAAGCGGCCUGCCUCUACCGGCGGGCUUUGGUGGAGCCGAGCUGCGGUCGUCAGCACUCUGUCAGGUCGCACGGCGUCUGCGUAAGAAGUGCCAGUUUGACCUGCUUCCGCGCUGUGAAGGUCCCGCCAAGCUCCUGUGACUCACCCGAUUUGCCUCGCAAAUGAGUCGUUUUACUGGAAAAGCAUUGAGAAGCAGGAUCCAGCGGGUUUCUGAGUGUUUGGAGAGACGGGGCUUUAUGGAGCCUUUGAGGUGUGCCUGUGAGACCUUGUGCACAUUAUAUGGCUUUUUUGGAGGGUCAUGUUUUUUUUUUGCUAGUAAAUUAAAUUAAGGUCCCAGAGGACUGUCAGCAAUGUUGUGUGCUGACAUUUAUAUAAAUAUUUUAUUUUAUUUUAUUUUUUUUACAGGUGAUGUCUGUUUGGAUUAUUAAUAUUCAUACUCCAUAAAUGUUUGAAUGUAGCGAUGGAUAUUGUGCCAGGGAGGUGUAGCCUUACAGUUUAAUAAAAAAGUAUAGUUUGCUUUAGAGUGCAGUGCUUCCUCCUAGUGGAGGCUGAGUAUUAUUGCACAAAGCAAUGUCCUGGUUUUGACUGUCUGUUUCUGUUGGGGUUUUUUUUGUCUAACUUAAGCCCUGAAUCUAGUGCUUUUUAGAAUUCCCCUGACAUUUUUCAUGCUUAAUGAAGUACAACAAAAUUUCUGUAUUGCCCCACACUUUUCCCCCUCUCUGCCAACCCCAUCUCUUACACAGAUGCUGGACAAUGGUCACCCUAGUAAUCCUCUGAAUGUUGGCAGCUGGACAGAGCUGACUUUGCUGCUUUGCAGUGAUAGCACCAACAGAAAUGUUUAUGCCAAAAUUCUCUACUAGUGGGUGGUUUUAUCAUGACUGACCAAGUUUUACGUUGUGUUAUUUCCUGAAUUCUUUUAGGUUUUCAGGAGAGUGGUAUUUUGAUGUAGUUAGUCUCAUAUUUUCUGAACCCCCAGACAACAAGGUUAACUGUUGACGUGAAACCGUUCAAGCCUCUGGACAGGAACAUAAUUCACAUUGAGGCAGAAAUGAAAUUAAAGGUUACUAAAAGACACAAGCCAUGUGGUUAUUUCUUUUAGUAAUACGGUCUUUUGAGUUAAACUGAAAGAGCCAAACCUGUAUGUGUGUGCAUGCACGUGUGUGCACUGCCAAACCUGUAUGUGUGCGUGUGUGCAUGCGUGUGCGCACCACCAAACCUGUGUGUGUGCAUGCAGGUGUGCACCACCAAACCUGUAUCUGUGUGCAUGCGUGUGUGCGCCACCAAACCUGUAUCUGUGUGUGCAUGCAUGUGUGCACCACCAAACCUGUAUCUGUGUGCAUGCGUGUGUGCACAGCCAAACCUGUGUGUAUGUGUGUGCAUGCAUGUGUGCACAGCCAAACCUGUGUGUAUGUGUGUGCAUGCGUGUGUGCACAGCCAAACCUG